UAGCUUUCAAAUCCGUCGUGCACCUACCGUAACCCGGUAGUUUUAUAAUAAUAAUAAAAAACCAAAUUCGUCAACUAAGACAAAAAAACUGAGACAAAUGCACUACAUACAUAUUUUAAAUGUAUUAAUUCUCCUUUAUUUAUUUAUUUUCCCAAACUGUACACAAAAAAAAACUUGUGACACAACAAGUUGUACUCGUGAGGUAAUUCCACAAAGAAGAGUUUCUCUUCUUGUCCAAUCAGAGCUCACCUCCAGCCAACUAAUGUCCGGGUCGUCGACCAAUCAGAAGGCGCGGCGAGGAGUCAGAGGGGACAGCGUCCACAGAUAAAAUAUCUGACUCUCGUUCAUCCAACCAAUGUGUCCUCUUCUGGUCUCGCUGGACUGUCAGUGACCCGUGUUCUCGUUCCUGUUCUCACCUGAGUUACAAGCACUACCGUUGGAUGACAGUCUGCUGCACUCGUGCAGGGAUUGAGUUCUCUUCUCGCCGGGACAACCUGUUACUCCACGUCCGGGGAGGCUGCGUCGCGUCUGGGGGAGAAGUGCUGACAAACAUUGCACGACAAAGAGCCAUCAUCUUCAUCUGGUCGGACUAAGGUCGACAGAGCAGCCGCUCCACUUCAGUCUACUCCAGGUCUAACCUGACACACCGUCAGGAACCAUGACAGCUCUGGCAGGAGGUUUGACCAGGAUGAUGAGACCGACUCCUCAUCAGAACUACCCGCGGGGAGGAUACUCUCUGGAAGUGUCCACUCCGUUAGGACAGGGACGGGUCAACCAGCUCGGUGGUGUCUUCAUAAACGGCAGACCUCUACCAAACCAUAUUCGCCACAAAAUCGUGGAGAUGGCACAUCACGGAAUCCGACCGUGCGUCAUCUCACGUCAGCUGCGUGUUUCCCACGGAUGCGUCUCCAAAAUCCUGUGCCGCUACCAGGAGACAGGCUCCAUCAGGCCGGGCGCCAUCGGAGGCAGCAAACCAAAGCAAACUGCUUCUCCAGAAAUUGACAAAAAAAUCGAGGAGUACAAGACAGAAAACCCGGGUAUGUUCAGCUGGGAAAUCAGAGACAGACUGCUGAAAGAUGGGAUCUGCGACAGGAACAACGUCCCCUCAGUGAGCUCCAUCAGUCGCGUCAUGCGCUCCAAGUUCGGCGGAGUCGGUGAGGAUGACGACGAUGAUGAACUGGUGAAAAGAGAGAUGGAGGAAAAUGAAACACGGACAAAACACAGCAUCGACGGCAUUCUGGGAGACAGAUCCAGUCACUCAGAUGAGGGCUCCGACGUGGACUCAGAGCCAGGUCUGCCUCUGAAGAGAAAGCAGCGUCGUAGCCGGACCACCUUUACGGCAGAACAGCUGGAGGAGCUGGAGCGGGCCUUCGAACGCACACACUACCCUGACAUCUACACACGGGAGGAGCUGGCUCAGCGUGCCAAACUGACAGAGGCUCGAGUUCAGGUGUGGUUUAGCAACAGAAGAGCCCGAUGGAGGAAACAGGCUGGAGCUAAUCAGCUGAUGGCUUUUAACCACCUCAUUCCCAGUGGUUUCCCUCCAACAGCCAUGUCAGGCCUGCAGCCCUAUCAGCUGUCUGACAGCCCUUACCCUCCAACAUCCAUAGCUCAAGCACCAGAGCAGCACAGUACAGUCCACCGGCCACAGCCGCUGCCGCCCACCUCCGUACACCAGAGUGGGCUCAGCGCUUCUGCUGGAUCUCAGGAUGCCGGUUCUGCGUACUGCCUCUCUUCCGGACGCCAUGGCUUCACAGGAUACUCGGACGGCUUCGUAGCACCUACGGGACACAGCAACGCUGUCAACCCAACCAUCGGCAACAGCCUCUCCCCACAGGUCAUGGGCCUUUUGAACCCUGGUGGAGUUCCACAUCAGACACAGGGUGACUUCACCCUCUCUCCUCUGACUGGAGGUCUGGAGCCUAACGGAAGCAUGGCUUCCGCUUGUCAUGGCUCCCAGCGCCUGGAGACUCUACCGGGCCUGACCAGUAUGCCUGCCCUUCCCAGUACUCAGUCUUACUGCCCACCCUCCUACACCUCUCCCACCUACGCUGUGGACCACCAUCCAUCCUACCAGUAUGGACAGUACAGUCAGAGCAAGGUGCCUUUCAUUAUAUGAAGUCCCCAGCUUUGCCUGAGCAGGAGGCUUUUCCUAACAAGUCUAACAUUCAUCCCCCCACUCGUUGCCUUUGCCAAACCCAACCAGCCCCGAGGAGAACGAGUGAGGUUGUGUGGGUAAAGACUCGGCGUUCUCCUUCAGCAAGGAAGGAAAUCAAUUGAGAUGCACGUUAAGUGAUGGCGAAUGAAGGGCUGGACUGGAAUAAUUAGGACCAAAGGCGCAGCAUCUCCUGUUACCUGGCACUCUCUCUGCUCCUGCGUCACGUCAUGCUCCAAGUACCGAGUGUGGUGUGUUGUCCACGCUGAAAAGAAAAGAAGAAGGGGGAGCAGAGAGGGGAGUAAAUACAUUCAAGACUCUGUAUUUGGUUAUUGUAAUAAGUGGCAGAUAUGCAGACUUUGUAAAGAGUCCCGUGCUCCUGGGUCCAGCUGGAUAUGGAGCUGAGGGCUGGAUUCUUAUGGCUGAUGGUUAUCAAAAGGCUUGAUGCUGGAAAUGCGUGGUGCUCAGCCACGGUGUUUUCAUGAGGAUCUCUUCACCACAGUGUAUUAGAAUAAUGACAUUAACUGUAUGUCAGUGUGAUUCCUGUAGAUGUGCGACCACACUGAGAAGAAGGGUGAAACCCUGAGGAGUGACGGCGAAACCACUGCGACCCAAAGAACGUGCAAUACAUUCAUACCUCAUGUAGACAAACACAAAUGGAAUGCCACUGAUCAUGGCCUGGAACAAACAUUCUUUCUUUUAUGUCUUAAAUUCUGGGUUGCACCAUCAAUCAGGGGAAAUCAUCAAGUGAUGGAAUUUAUUAUUUGAAUAUUUUGAUGUCAUCAAGCCAAAAAAAAAAAAAUUCUUCCAGUUAAAAACGUUUUCUGUUUGACAGUAUUUUUUUUAUUGUUGCAUGUCUUCAUUUAGGUUAAUCGGAAUGUGUAAACAUCACUUCCUUUUCUUAUUUAUUUAGUAUUUCAGUGUUAUGUCUCAGUAAGUCUUACAGUGUUCAUUACUUUUUUUUUCCUUUUCAUAUCUUCCAUUUACAGUGGCCUAAACUGAGUUUGUUGUAAUACGUUUUGUGUACAGUACAGCACUAUUUACUAUUUAUAAUAAAGUAUAUAAA